AUGAUUGAUCAAACCGAACUAAAACCAUACUAUCACCAUGCUGGUGCAACAUUAUCUGAAGGUAUUACGUACGUGGAAGAAACCGAUACGUUAUAUUGGAUAGAUAUUUACAAAGCCGAAAUCCAUAGAGUAACUGACGUUGAAAGACCUGAGAGUAGCCAUUGCUACAUGAGUAUUAGUCGUGAAACGUACGAUGAUGCGAAUGCCAAUAUUUCGUACCCCGAAAUCGAGGGAUAUCAGGAGAGUGUCGGUACUAUGUUCAUGACUAAAGAGACUGUUGAGGGUGAUGGUAACGUCUUAUUAUUUGCCAGUAAAUGGGGUAUUGGUAGAUGUGAUCUUUCGACAAAAAAAUGGGAAUAUGUCAAACUGUAUUCGGAUUGUAAAGAAUUGAAGGAAGGAGAACGGUUUAAGAGGUUACGUUCAAAUGACGGUAACGUUACACCAGAUGGAAAAUAUUUAUACGUUGGAUUAAUGAAUGAUUUCAAGUACGACGUUAGUGAGGACGGAUGUAUUGUUAAGAUAUCACUAGUUGAAGAUAGUAUUGAGAUUGUGUGGAACGCUAUAUUGAUACCAAAUUCAAUCAACUGGUAUAAAAACGAUGUUUAUAUUACGGAUUCGUUGAAGCAUCGUAUUUGGAGAUGUGAAUAUGAUUAUGAAAAUGAUACGAUUGGUGAGAAGAGGGAAAUUUUGAUUCACAUCAAGGAACAAAAUAAUCAACAGUACGAAUCACCAGAGCCUGAUGGAAGCGUAAUUGAUAGUGUUCAUGGAAUACUUUAUCAAUGUGUAUGGUCCACUAGCAAAGUUCAAGUGUACGAUUUGACUAAGGAUGGAUUAUUAAUGGACGAAAUUGUUUUACCUAAUGCUACAAGUAGAAUUUCAUGUUGUUCGAUUGCGAAGAAUGACUUAUUUGUUACAUGUGGUAAUCUUGAAAUUUCUGACGAAGAAUACAAAGCCACGGACAGAUCAGGCGGAUGUAUUUACAGAAUUCGUAAUAUUUUGACUGAGACUCCAAGAAAUUCCAGGAACAUUUUAACGUCUUUUAUGUAA